AUGCUUUAUAUGAAAACACGCAAGAGGGAUCUUAUAGACAGACUACAUUCACUUGGCGUGUCAAUUUCGUCCGAUAAAGUGCUACGAUUGUCGUCAGAUAUGGCAAACGCUGUUUGUGAACACUUCAAGGAGACGGACACUGUAUGCCCUCCAAACUUGAAAACAAACGUAUUCACUACAGCCGCGGUUGAUAAUCUCGACCCUAACACUUCGUCGACAAAGGCAGUAAGAUCAUUUCAUGUCACCAGCAUUUCACUAAUACAGCACCCUUAACUGUGGAAGGGAAAGGUGUGGAAAAUUACGCAAGCCUUAAGCAAAGAAAUGUGUCUGCAUCAAAGACUACAGGUCCACUGCCACCCAGCUACAUAUAUUUACCCCCUUCGUCAUGUCAAAAAUUAAACAAGGUGGUUUAAGCGUGCUAAGUAUGCAGUGUAAUGUAAAGGGUGAUGAUGAAGCACUAUCGCUGACCACAAUGAAAGAGACUAAAUGA